AUGCGAUGGACACGCAAAUUGCACGACUUCUAUGUUGAACAAUUCAACGAAUGCAAUAUUCAAGCUAAACAGGGAAAGGCGGAGCCCACCUGGCCCAUAGUACUGGACACAGUUGACAUCAUGGCUGAGCCUGUGGUGCUCGUCAAGCUCUACAACACCAUUGGGCCAGACAGCUAUACACUGCCCACAAGUGGGCACCUGCGACUCAAUCUCCACCUCUCUGGGCCCAAGAAUUUAGAACGACACUCGACAGCUCCGCUACAAUUAUUACCACAAAGACGGAAAGAAUGGGGGGAGGAGUUUGGAGAGACGAUGGCCAGGUCAUAG